GAAGUUUUGACGGAUCAAUUCUUCCAUCGGGCUACUCUUGUUCCAGUCCCUCCUACCCCUGUUCUUAUUGUUGAGGCUUUCAAAGUGCCUUAGGAGGAAGGAUCAUUGCUACUGCCGCUCUUCAAGAGUCCAAUCAACCAGUUGACGGUAAGCGGGCCUAAGAGGCCAUUCAUAUAUCUGUUGGGUCGUCAAAUUCAUCUCUUUCAGCUAUGGUGGAGUAGCAUCGUCUUUCUAGGUAAUUUGAUUUGCCCCCUACAUCAAGUUGAAAGGCAGGUAGGGGAAGUUCACGCAGGUCGUCAAAACAUCCACCCAAAGGGGUAUCUCCCACGUCAUGUUAACGCCACCUCCAAUCAGGGAAAGGGCAAGCAGAGACCACAACUAAGGGGCCAAUCUAGUACGUUUUUCAACCAAUGAUAGGGGAUCACUCGCUGAUUCUGUACUCUCGGAUGUAGGCAUUACUCUAGUAAUGGCUUGAGGCAUACGCGUCCCUGAAGACAUCUAUCGUUUAGAAGGACAGCCUGACCAACAUAUAUUAGGACAAGAUAUCCAAAAUCUGGUGAUGACACAGUGGCCAACAAUCCCUCGGAAUUUACCAAAGAUACUUCGUCCCUUGAUGCUUUUGCUCAAGCCAUUGAUUCAGUUUCUUAUGCUUCUUUGGUUUCUUUGUGUCAAAAUACCUGCUCCUGAUGUUUUUAUAGUGCAGAAUCCACCUUCUGUCCCAACUUUAGUGGCUGUAAAGUGGGCAAGCUGGUUGAGGCGUUCUGCAUUUAUUGUUGAUUGGCACAGUUUUGGAUAUACUUUGCUAGCAUUGUCUCUCAGAAGAAGUAGUGUUUUUGUGGCAAUAUACCAUUGGUUUGAGAAGCAUUUUGGGAAGAUGGCAAAUGGUUCCUUAUGCGCGACAAGGGCAAUGCAACAUGAAUUGGCACAAAACUGGGGAAUUAAAUUACUGACUUGCCAUUUUCUCUAUAUUCAACAUUUGUCAUUGAGGCCCGCCAUGGUUUCAUCAAAGGACAUGAUUAAAGGAAUCAUCCUAGCAACUAUAAUUGGACCGCCUAUUGUCGCAGCAAUUAUUGUAAUAGUACAGAAAGGAAGUCCUUGGCCAUCUAUCUUUGGGGGUUUCUGCUUGUUCUAUCUCUUGUGAUGAUGACUGUGUACGACGUUUUAAUUGCGUCACUUUUUAACAAGCUCACUCCACUUUCGGAUGGAGAACUCUGCAUGGUUGAGAAGCUAUUUAUUCACUACGUGGUCAGAUCUUAUCUUGGGUUAUUUGAACAGGUUUACUGUCAAUAAGUUGCGUUGAUUGUUUAUUUGAAUAGGUUUACCAUCAAUAAGUCGGUGAUUCAUCAGAGCGAUUUCGAAGUUCUCUCUCGAAAUCAAAAUCGAAGUUCAUCUCAGUGAUUCAUAACGGUUGGAACUAUUAUUGGGCUUCUGGCCUUGACAGGAUUGGUAGUCUUUAUGCUUUUCUUUCUGGCAGCAGCUGUCAAUGCCAUUAUAAUAUCUCUUCUCGUGUCUUUAGCUGCAGCAGGGGGCUUCUUGGCUCUUUUCUUUGCCUGUGUGACGGCAAUUUACAUUGGGGCAUUAUUAGUUUGGGCUCACACUUGGCUCUAUCUAGAUAGAUCAGCCAAUAGACUUCAGCUUGGUAGAGUUCUUGGGGAUGAAUGUCUAUUGUUCUUGAGAUUUGACUGUACAUUUUGUACCAGUUA